UUCACAGUCUCAGGGUGAGCUCUACCCCGCCUUCAUAGGUGUGGCCAGGAGCAGUCAUAUAAAGUCAGUCAGCCCUGAAAGACCGGUCACUCUGACAGGAAAAGCCUUCGGGUGAGACCAAGCUCUCAUACGGUCAACGCACUCAGCUCUUGAACCAGAAACCAUGGUGAAGCGUGUGGCAGUGGUACUGUCUGGCUGUGGGGUCUACGACGGCUCUGAGAUCCACGAGUCCUCUGCAAUACUAGUGCAUCUGAGUCGAGCGGGGGCAAAGGUCCAAAUGUUUGCUCCCAACAUAGACCACAUGCAUGUGGUGAACCAUGUAGAAGGCAAGCCCACGGAGGAGAAGCGUAAUGUGCUGGAGGAGAGCGCGCGCAUUGCCCGCGGUGACAUCAGCGACCUGAAGACUCUGAAUGUGGCCGAUCACGAUGCUGUCAUCAUUCCCGGGGGUUUUGGUGUGGCUAAGAAUCUGAGUAGCUGGGCCACCCAGGGCAAAGACUGCACGGUGCAGAGUGAGGUGGAGACCACCAUCAAGAGCUUCCACAGCGCUAAGAAGCCCCUGGGACUGUGCUGCAUCUCCCCGGUCCUCGCGGCAAAGAUCUUGCCAGGCUGCGAGGUGACUGUGGGUAGUGACAAGGAGUGCGAAAAGUGGCCGUACGCCGGGACCGCCAAUGCUGUGAAGGAGAUGGGAUGCAAGCACGUGAAUAAGAAUGUCGGCGAGAUCCACGUCGAUGCCAAGAACAAGCUGGUGACGUGCGGUGCUUUCAUGUGUAACGCCCCCAUUCACGAGAUCUUCGAUGAAAUGGGUGUUUUCGUAUCAGCUGUGAUGAAAUUAAUUUAAAUUCAGAUGAGGAAGGUUGAUCUGCAAGUUUCGUUUCAUUCUCAAAAUAGAAACAAACUGAUUUCGUCGUCUUCAAUAAAAUAGUUUCAUGCUUUGAAUGCAAUUAACUGUCCAUCACAAUUCAUUUAUGUUUUUAUGAUUCCAUUAGCAAAAUUAAUCAAGACUAUUGAGAUAAAAGAAACUUGAACAAAAAACUAUAUACGUUACACUCUUUUUCAAAAUAAAAUGAGUCUGUUUUUGUCAAAGA